AUGAUUACUCUUAACGUCGCCUAUACCGAGCCAGUCAACUGCUCUGAUCCUUGCAUUCCAACCUUAACUCGAGAACAAAUCUGGAAAGGCUUGGAAUUGAAGGCUCGAUGUCCUCAAGACUUUAUUCCAUCUUUCGAUAACUCACGAGUUAUUGAAGAACGGGACGAUGGUUCCUAUAUUCUCAGAGAAGCCCAUGUAGCAUCUGAUCUCCGCGAAUCUCCUAUGGCAGGAAAAUGGAUCAGAGAAGAGUGCAGAUUGUAUAGGCCAAUCAUGAGUCACUUCACUCUACCUGACGGGUCGAUUAUCCAGAAUGCUUUGUCGGAGGGGCCUGGUCAGGAUUUAUACCUGACUUUUACGUAUCAAUGGAAGCUUUUUGAUAUUGAACCAAAGACAAAGGAGGCGGAAAUGGCCCGGGAUGACCAUAUGAAACUUGCGGUGUCUUCGGUUCAAGGAACAAUCAGAGCGCUGAGAAAAUUGGCAGAAGAGCAUAGAUUAUGA